GCCUAUGAAACUGGCCGUCCCGUGUGCCAGUCAUUCGAAACUAGUCGAAGAAAUCGGAUACGUUGCGAGACAGAACCGGUAAAAUGAAGCUCGUAUGUGUGGUUCUCGGUUUAAUCUGCAUAACAACAGCGGCCGCGCAACAGAAUCUCGUGUGCUAUUACGACAACCGGGCGGCCACCUACAGCACGCCAACGUUUCCGAGCAACCUCAGCCCAACAAAUUGCACUCAUUACGUUUACGAUGGGGUUGGUGUGACGGCCCAGGGCGAUAUACGCAUAUUGAGCAGCUACGACACCUCAUCUGGAUUUGACGAGUUUCAGAGCCUUCGCCGAAGCUCGGAUGCCAAGCUGUAUGUGCUGCUUACCUCGGAUCGUGACGGCGGCAAGAACUUGACCAACGCCAUCUCGGGACGCAGUGAAAAGUUGGUGAACAAUGUCGCCAUCUUUCUGGAACAGUACAACUUUGAUGGCGUGGAAAUUGACCGACGCACCAAUGAUUUCGAUAAGGGUGCGUUGGCCCGAUUCGUCAACAGGCUCCGGUCGAGGCUGUACAUGAUUAACAAGCAACUGUCCGUGUCCGUUUCGCCACAGUUCACCGAUGCGUACGAUAUCACUUCGCUAAGCUUGUACGCAGAUAUGAUAAAUCUUCACGCCUACAAUUUCACCAGCAACAACGCCGUCGUCGCUAAUCUUGCCCCACUGUUUUCGAGCACUCCGAACAAUGUCGUCAGUGUGAACUCGACGGUUACGGCUUGGCUGGCGGCUGGUGCCCGCAGGAACAAAAUGAAUAUCGUGCUGGCCACUUACGCCCGCUCGUACGUCCUGGCAGCGGAGGAUCAGCGGGCUGUGGGAGCUCGCAGCACCGGGCCCGGGGAAGCUGGGCCUAACACGAAACGGGCCGGCAUUCUGGCCCGGUACGAGAUUUGCAACGCGCUCAGUGAGUACGGUUCCGUGAGCGAUAGUGUCACGGCUACCACGUACUACUUCAAAGGCAAAAAUUGGAUCUCCAUCGAAACGGAGGACACGCUGGCGCAAAAGUUAACCUAUGUGCUCGAUAACACGCUGGCCGGUGUCGGUAUCGCCUCACUCGAUCUGGACGAUGUGAGCAAUACGUGCGGCACCGGAGCUUUCCUUGUAAUGGAGCUUGCCCGCCUGUACUUUGGAACUGGCCAGUAGGCAAACACAAGUCCGAGUGUGGGCUACAUUUAUGGAGCACCAUGUAGCCGUUUGAUCCGAUGAGUCACACACACACAGAAGGUAGUUGGAAGGGUUAUUUAGCAAAAGUUAAACAUUUUGUUGCAGACGGCGAUUGCACCCAGAAACAGAGCCUUCGAAGCUUGCGAGCGUCCAGAACAGAAGAUGUAAAUAAAUAGGUUCGAUACCGGAACAAGGCAAGGUUCGGUUGCACAUCUCUACGGUUGGCAAUUUGAUUGAUUUAAACAUCGAAGAAAAACGUUUGAAAAAGGGGGAUAUUUACAAUAUUUACAGAGAAACGUGAUUAAAACUGUUUUAUUUACAGAGG